AUGAUAUUUUCGCGAAUAUUAUGGUGUUGCUGUAUUUUAAUUUUUCAAGUGAUGUGUCGAGAUCCUCCAACGGUAAAGAUUCCAAAUCAAGGAAUGAUUUCUGGAAUGUUUAUGAAAAUGUAUCGAACUCAAAGGAUUGUAACAUAUAUGGGCAUACCAUACGCACAUCCACCAAUUGGAGGUCUUAGAUUUAGUCCUCCUGUCGUUGAGCAAUUACCAUCAUGGGAUGGAGUGAAAAAUGGCUCAAUGAGUCCUCCAAAUUGUUAUCAAAAUACAAAUAAUCCACAACCAAAGCACACUCAAGUGCUGAAUAAGUUACUUAAUAAAGUUAUGGACAUGGAUGAUAUGAUGAGUGAUAUUGCAAGUGAUCAGUUCAAUGAGGAUUGUUUAUAUUUAAAUAUUUUUGUACCAGAUGCCUCUCCGCCUUCAGAUGGUUUUGCCGUUAUUGCAUACCUUCAUUCUGGCGAUUUCUCGAAUGGAAGUCCGUUUGAAAUUAAUCCAUUUCAGCUAGUUUUUAAGCAAAAAGUUAUUGUUAUUACAAUUGCAUAUCGGUUGAAUAUUCUUGGAUUCUUUACGACACUCGACGGUGAAUCACCUGGAAAUUAUGGUCUUAUGGAUCAGUCAGCUGCUCUUCUUUGGAUUAAAAAGAAUAUUAAGGCAUUUGGUGGAAAUGAGGAUAACAUCAGUCUAAUGGGACAUGGUGCAGGUGCUACAUCCGUUUGCGCUCACCUAACCUCAAAGGAAUGGUCAAAAGAUCUAUUCCAUAAAGCAGUUAUUAUGAGUGGGACAUCACUUUUAUAUGAUAAUGACUACAGUACGUCAGUAAGACCGGCAAUGUACUACUCAAGAGCUGUCGAUAAAGUAUCACAUGCAUUCUCUUGUUUUCGUCGACCGACAUCAUCGUUAAUGGAUUGUUUAAGACGCGUUGAUGCCAAGAUUCUUGUUGAGAACACACAAGAUCAGAGGUGGGGACCAAUUGUAGAUGAAGGCUUGAGCAACCAAACGAUGUCAUUCAUCGCUGACAAGCCAGAAAAUCUAAUUGAACAAGGAUUUUUGCGUAAAAUUCCAAUCUUAAUUGGAUUUACUGACAUGGAAGAUGCGUAUGAUUUAUUUGCUGAAGACAUGGUAACAAAAGGAAUCGACUUGGAUAUGUAUAAUACGAUGAUUAAUGAUGUUGUUGCAAGUGACUUUUCAAAAUACGAGAAUAACGAAACGAUGUGUGCAGGAAACAAUCAAAUCGUUGUGGAAGCUGUCAAUUUUUUAUAUCGACCAUAUCCACCGACAGAAGAUAAAAUAACGCUAAGGAACUUAUAUUUAACAUUCUUAAAUGAUCGAAAAUAUUAUGCGCCUUCAAUCUUAAUGGCUGCACAAAUGUCUAGAUUGACCGACACAUAUGUUUACAGAUUUGAUUUAAAACCACGUACAAUGAUUGAUAUACCCGAUGAUGUCGGUGUGCCACAUGGUUUUGAACAGAUAUUCCUUUGGGGCUUGCCUUAUUGGACAGCAAAUGCUGACGUUCAUUGGGAUAAUGCUGAUAAACGUGUCUCAGAUAUCAUCAUGACACUAUGGGCAAAUUUCUGUAAAUUUACAAAUCCUACACAAGUUGGUGUGUACAUAAAAUGGGAUAAGUUCACGCAAGAGAGUCCUGGAAUUCUCAUAAUUGACAAGUCAUUCAAUAUGAGUGACUUUAAGUCACUCAAUUAUCGUGCUGUUCAAUUUUGGAAUGAUUAUUUUCCAACUGUAUUGAGCUUCGCUGCUGGUUGUUGUAAUAUGAGUGAUUCAGCAAAUUAUUUGAAUGUACCGUCAUUCUAUAACCCAACUGCCUUUACAAUAUGCCUCUUAGGACAAUUGCUUAUUGUCAUUCAUUUAAGCAUAUCGAUAGCUGCUUGA